AUGUCAACUCAACAGCUCUCAGAGCCGACUGGGCUCGCCAACCUCCCUUGCGAGAUUCACCUGGAGACAUUCUCAUACCUCUGCCCGAUAGGAGGAGCUUAUGGCCUUGUCACUGCAUGCAAAAGUCUCUACAAUAACUUGAUCAUCGAGUUCUAUAAGGAGUCUGGCCCGCAGCUCAACUGGCUUCCUCUUCUCGUCGCCAUCAGCCAAGGCAACAUCGAUACCCUCGAUAAGUGCCUAAAGGCUGGGGCGUCGCCCAACCACCGCUGGCCGUAUCUGGGCGAAUUUGGAAGAGCAAACGAUCUUGAUUUUUUCCGAUGUUGCCAGCCCCUUGACUUGGCGGCAUGGUAUGGCCAGGACGAUGUCCUGAGAUGGCUGGUUGAUAGAGGGGCUGUUGCUACGGAUGAAGAGAAGCCUCAUUUCAUCGAGGCCAUAAGAACCGACCACCUCGUUUCCGAUGCGACGACUGCUGAAGGGAGAUGGAAGCCUGUCCUGUAUCAACAAGAGGCUUGUCAGCAGGAAACUUAUCCGCUCGGACCGUCCCCUCAUUUCGUCUGGCAUAGUCCUGAGCUGAGGCCCACGGACAUCUAUUCAGGGCUACUACGCCUCUACGAUACCCAGUUCAUGGAGUCCUUCAGCGAUUACCCGUACUGGAACAGAAAUCAUACUCUAGGCAGAAGUGCAAUCUACUUGGACAACUGGAUAGAUUGGAUUUGGCGUGACAUGCUCCUCUCCGCCUCAGACCCGGUUCCCAUCCUAGAGUCAGCCUUUUUUAUAGAUGGGUUAUGGACGAACCCAACUUCAAUUACGCGACGCCUUCAAUUCGAGUUUUCUGCCGACGUGUUUGGGCAGAAGUUAUUGCUCAACUCUGUCGCACCACGGAGCGACCAUCCUUUCCCCAAACGCGUCUCUCUCAGGGCCCCCGAAGUGUUCAAUCGCCUUCUCAACUCCGAUAACAAUACUGACAUCAUUUUUCUCGCCUAUCGUCCCAUCUUGGACUACCUCUUGCGUUUCGAAUCGAGUCGUCUGAACGUCUUUCCGACCUUGGAGCUCUAUCCACUGAUCGCGUACAAAACCGAGUCAUUGUUCGAUCUCUCGUCGAUUGUUGACAGGAUCUAUGAAAUGGUCCCCAAUCUGAAUGAUUGGGAGACCAACGUGGCCAAGAUUGUGCUUAAGGCGCGCGACUCUGGGGCUCCCCUGACUCAUAGACCACCUGUGGUUAAAGCCUGGGCAGUGGCCAUGGCCAUGCCGUCAACCGACCUUGGCCUCUAUGAAAUCGCCGUGAUCUUGCCCCUGAAAAGGGACUAUGAGACAGCUGCCAAAUGCCUCGACCAAGUCUUCCUCCGAUCCUUCCUUCAGUCCACCGGUGCAGAAUAUACUCUCGGUAGAGCAGGGCUUCACCAUGUCGUCCUAGUCACCGGGCUCGACAACACCAGUGCCGCAGAUUUUGUGGCAGCCGUGUAUCCGGAUUUGCUUGAAGCAUUUUCGUCCAUCCGGGUCGGCUUCUUGGUUGGAGUUGACGCCAUCGCGCCGUAUGAUGGAUGCGCAAAGGCUGGUGAUGUUGUGGUCGGAUUACCUUCGAGUCAUGAAUCUGGAAUCGCGCACUGCGAUCUUGGCAAGUCUCGGGAUCAAAAGCGCCUCUGUAUCACUGGCGAUUGGGGCAAGCCCCCCGGCUUCAUUCAAUCAGCCGUCGACCACACACUGUCAUCCCAGUGCCUCCCUAAAUGCAUCUUCGAGGCGUAUUUAGAUCAACCCGAUACUCUCAUUGACUACGAGGCCUUUUCGUAUGCUUGGGGAAACAACGAGAAAUCUGAAGUCGUCAUUGUUGAUAAACGAGUCCUGCCUGUCACCGAGAACCUACAUAUGGCGCUUCAGCAUCUACGGCAAGAGGAUAUAGACAGAAUACUCUGGGUGGAUGCCGUAUGCAUUGACCAAAGCAACGUCGCAGAGCGCGGUCACCAAGUCACAUACAUGGGUAGUAUCUAUGAGAGGGCAAACAAUGUCAUCGUCUGGCUAGGCUCAGCCAGUGAGGAUGCUGGCUUGCUGAUAUCAGCUCUCAACAUGCUCCAGCACCAAACCUCCUCGCAAGCUUUCCGGACAGCAAAACGCACAGAUGCUGACUGGAGGUAUGUAUGGGACAAGCUUCAGGAGAAGCCCUCUCCUAGUGAAAGGGUUCGUCACCUCAACUCUGGACUUCAAGAGUUGACUGGAAAGUCUUGGUUCACCAGGGUGUGGAUUUUGCAAGAAGUGGCGAAAGCGAGACGGGCACAAAUCCAUUGCACCGCAGGAAUCGUCGACACAAAACUCUUUGCCCUUGCACCAUGGCUUCUAAGAACCCACGUCCCGCCACAGUCCCAAGCCAUCCUCGACAUCAUGCCUGGCCCAUCGAGGCAAUCAUCGUGGUGGAGUAAGGAACUGCCACUCGAGGAAUUGUUAUGGAAAUUCCGGGGAUGUCAGGCUACUGACCCCAGGGAUCGAGUCUAUGCUCUCCUGGGGAUUUCUUCCAGUGUGGGUGAAUCGAUCAAGCCUGACUACAGCAAAAGCGAGCGCCAAGUCCUACAGGAUGUGUGUGAUCACCUCUUUGGCGGCUUGAAAGCGCCCGUCCAUCUAUCCCUCACCUACAGUAUUGCGCAGUUACAAGGAGAGCUUGGCAUCUUGUCAGUAGCAGUCCUAGAACCAAGGACAGCGAAGUGGAUAUCGCCUGACGAACUUGCACGCUCCUUGAAUCGCCAAGGGCAUGCCAAAUGGGCCAAUGGGAUUCGGCAACUCGCUGGUUCGGGUCUGGGAAGAUCAUCUUUGGCUUUUCUCCUCACGAGGUUGGAUGCUGCGCCUAAUGCUGCUCCCAGACUUCUCCACGAAGGUGUCCCUCUAAGAAAGGGUACCUUAGCUACUCUUUUGGUUCCCGAACUUGAAGCGGGUGGGGGAAUGGCGAGGACAAGGCUAAUUGCAAUCCGAGUUGGAAAAGACACUCUGCAUCUCCUAUUUGAAGAAGGCAGCCCUGAACAUCGGGUUUGUGACGCUAUCCUUGAUGGGGCAAUUCUCGCCCGAGAAGAGACCUUCUCCUUCAGUUUCGACCGUUACAACCCUGCACCUGAGCGAUUGAAAAAGUUCCUCUACAACUCAAUUCCAGAUACUGAAACCCUGGAAGAGCUUCCCGUCUCCAAUGUUGAAACACUGCCUGAGAAAGUUCUGGAGUCAUGGGCUUGA